GUUGCCAGUUAACAAACAGCAAGUAUCCGAGGGCCUGUAGCAAUGGGGACGGAGUUCACUAUUGAUGACGCCUUCGUCCUGGAGGGGGAGGAGGAAGAUGUGGUGCCUGGAGAGGAUGAGGGGGAAUGGAAGGGGAGAGAGAAGGAUGGCGGGGGAGAGAUGAUGUUUGGACCUCUUUCUUUUGCCAAAACACAAACUUCUGGACCCACUGGCACUCCUGAACACAGUAAUCUGAAAUAUCAGAACCUGGAAAAUGAAGAUGCUUUAGGUGGCACUGUGAACUCUUCUUUCAAUAACUUCUUCAAAAUCAGGUGGACGUCUCACCCGCUGGUGAAGAAGAACAGACGAGUCGUUCUUGCUUCAUUCCUCCUCUUAAUCACUGGAGUUGCUUUGAUCUUUACAGGCAUAGUCAUACAGUUAAACCCUCACGCAGGUGUUUCAAGUGCAAUUUUCUUUGUUCCUGGAUUUCUACUCUUCAUUCCCGGUGUCUAUCAUGUGAUCUAUAUAAGCUGUGCAGUUCGGGGACGAAGAGGAUUCAAGUUCUUUUAUUUGCCAUACUUUGAGAAGUAAACCGUUUUUCUUCACAUCAUCCAGACUGGUGGUAUUGAUUGCCCACCAUUUCAAAGGGGAUGACAUACUUUUACAACCUCAGUUACUAGUGGUUUUCUAAACGCUUUCUUCAUUUUGGUAAAAGCCAGUCUGUACAUAGGUCUAAGUAUAACCUCUACUUAAAAAAAAAAA